UUUGUCCAGCUAGGGUUUUAGCUCUGCUUGCUAGUAGUGGAAGGAAAUGGUGGAGCAAGAGGCUGUGGAGGCGCUGGUGAUGAAGAGGCGGGAGCGCGUCCAGAAGAAGGUUGAAGAAGAACUUCGCAGCAAAAUGAAGGCCCAAGCGUUCCGGAAAUGCGACCCUGUUGUGGCCAAGUACGCCGAGUGUGCCAAAGGGAGGACGUUUUCCAUGGCCUGGGCUUGCCGAGCACAGGCCAAGGAGAUGAACGAGUGCCUUCACCUCUAUACUACAGAUGCUGUGCUUGAGGAGUACAAACAAGACUACUUGAAGCAGCACACGCUCAGAUAACAGUUUAGGAGUUUGAAUAAUGUUUUGAUAGUAACUGUGGGAGCUGGAUUUUAGUGACAACAAGUAUGCAGCUUUCGUUAUAGUUCAGUGCGUUGCAGCAAUCCUUGAUUCUCUUUGUCCAUCACAAAACGUACAAAUUUGGCAAAAAUAAAAAAUUACAGCAGCAUCCACUCUU